AAUGAGCUGUGUCAUACUGGCCACGUUCAUAGAAGACAGGCCAUAGAAUAUUCUAUAUCAUUACAUACACGAUUGGUGAUUGGACAACUGAUGACAAACAGCUUAGUUUGGCUAUCGAUCCGCCGUUGACAGGCAGCAGGUUACAGAUAGAUCCCAACAGUUAUCAUAACCAGAAGCCCCGCACAACACGGAUAAUAUUGAAGCGGUUUACCCAGUAGUGCUAGACUUUCAGACUACCAAUGUGCAUUGAAGGGUAAUCAGGAGCGAGAGCCCACAAGGGGAUAUUCUUUAAUGGUUCGCCCUGAGGAGAAGAAAAGGUCACGGAAAUCAUGAAAGACAGUACAAACUUAUAGAUGUAUGGCUCAGUGGGAUACAACACAGACGUAACUGAAGAUGUAUGUGGAAAUGUGACACAACAAAGUGAUAUUUUAUACCAUAAGAGUUAGACCUUUACAUCAUGUGGUAUCUCACGGUGAGGAAAGGCGGUGUUUUGAACUACGAACCAGUUACCAUAGAGACAUGCUAAAUAUGAAUCCCUUCGACAAAGGGAAAUUCAACAUUUUAAUCAUUUUACGACAAUGAAAUCAUGAAGACAAGAUGAUAAUGACGGAAUUCAUAAGCGAGAUUUAUCUGUGUUGUGUGCACAGGAACGGUCGGUGACAAAUCAACAUCUAAAUGUGAAAUCCGGUUCGAGUUCAAUUUACGACAAUGAGCAGACGAUUCAGUGGCGCCAUUUUGCAAAUCUUCAUUUUGACAUUCGUCCCGUUCUGCGAAGGGACGGUUCAGCUUCGAGGGGCAGGGGCUAGUUUUCCUGAACAGGUGUACAAAAGCUGGACAACAUCGUACAAACUGUACCGUCAGCAGCGUAGUAGCGACGUCAACGCAACCUACAAGUCGAUCGGAAGUGGGAGUGGGCGGAAACGUAUUAUAAGCAACGAUGGAAAUCUAGAAUUCGCAGGGUCAGACUCCAUCAUGUCGGCAGAAGAAAGAAAACAAGCUCCCGAUCUCGUGAUGUUUCCGACGUUAGCAGGGGGAACAGUUGUGGGCUACAAUGUACCCGAGUGUGACACAAAUUUAAACCUCACUCGUGACCACGUGGUUGGCAUCUUCAACGGGACUUUCCGGUCCUGGAAUGACUCAAGCAUUGCUGAAACAAAUCCAUUUUGUAAUUUACCCAACGCAACUAUCAGGGUGAUAGCAAGGGCAGACAAGUCCGGAACAACAAGCAUGUUCACCGCAGCGUUGAGCAGUUUCAGCAAGGAAUGGAAUGAUACCUUUGGCGUGUUCGACCAGGGGUUCAAUACAGAGACAAACAAACCUUACAAAUGGAACCAGAGCGUCAUCGAUACAUUUGGUCAAAAAAGCGUAGGUGUGUCCGGACUGCUGCUGUCAAUAAAAUACACCAUAGGCUACAUCUCCGUCGCUGGAACUAGUGAGCAUGGCAUAAAGUAUGCUACCCUGCAGAACAGGAAAGGCAGGUUUGUGAGAUCAACUACCACAGCCAUACAAGGAGCCAUGGAUAGAUGGUCCCAGACUGCUGGGGAUUCGCUAACCGGAACACUAUCAGACCAGGACCACGACAACGCAUAUCCUAUAGCAGGCUUCACAUACAUGAUUGUGUAUCAAACGAAAAUGACUAAUUGUGAUUCGGCCAAAGAGUUGGUGCGCUAUGUGGACUGGUUCAUGCACAGCCAGGAAGCUAAGGAUGCAUGUACGACAGUGCACCUUGUGCCUUUGUCGCAAAUCCUCGUGGACAAGAAUGUGGCCCAAGUCUUGAAGAAGAUAACAUGUAAAGGCCAGUCAGUGUGGGAUAUGGUUCAAGCAGACAUAGCGGAAGAGAAUCGUGUUGAAAAUACCUGGCUGGUGCCUGUUGCAGUAUCAGUGCCUCUUAUUCUCUUGCUGCUCUCAGUACUGAUUGGUUACAUUGCAUACCAGAGAUGGAAACUGAAUAAAAUGAUAGAUAAUGAUGAAUGGGACAUCCCAAUUGAGGAUAUAAUCUUCUAUCUGGAUGAUAAGGUUCUGUCGGGAGGCAGGUCCAAGUUGGGCACUAUGAAGUCAAUAAAGUCCUUACAAAAUAUUGAGGAUAUUCCUGAAGGAUCCGAGCUUCUUGAUCAGAUUCUUCAGUGGCCAGGAAAAUGGAAAGGGCAUGUUAUCGGAAUUCGACUAUUAGAGAUUAAAGAAAUGGCAACCAUAAAUAGAGAGAUGAAAAGACUGCUAUUGUGGAUGAGGGACUCCAUAGUCCAUACAAACGUGAUAAGGUUCUUUGGUCUCACUAACCUUGAUAAUGAAAAAUAUGCCAUUGGUGAAUAUUGUGGAAAAGGACCUAUGACUGAUAUUCUUCAAAAUGAAAAGUAUAACCUUACGAACGACUUCAAGUUUUCCUUAUCUACAGAUAUCGCUAGUGGAAUGAAUUUCCUCCACAACCAUGGUGUAGUACACGGAAGCCUCAGCUCUUCAUGUUGUCUCAUUGACUCAAGGUGGAUGGUUAAAGUGGGGGACUGGGAGUAUUGUAGGCUGUUUAAACAGCUGUACAGGAAAAAGAACCCUCUUCAGUUUGUUCGCAAGGAUCCACACUACCUUAGUAAAUACGCUGCUGCAUUCCGAGACUUCUGGGUUGCUCCAGAGAUUCUUCGAGGCGACUUUGAGCUGCCGCCGUCUACUCAGAGCGAUAUGUACAGUUUUGCAAUAAUUACGCAAGAGAUUUUCACACGUGAGGAUCCUUAUGCAGAACAUGCAGAUGCUCUUAGCCCAGAUGAGGUUCUGAAAGCUGUUGUUAACAAUAAUCUCCGCCCUCAGCCUAAUGACGACACACCUUUGAACGUGAGGCAGGUAAUGGAGAUUGCUUGGUCGGACAAUGCAGCUACGAGGCCAACUUUUGAACAGAUAUUGAAGAUGUUGAGACAAUCACGGUCAAGUCGAAAGUCCGUCCUUGAUUCCAUGAUGGAAGCAAUGGAGGAGUAUACAGCCCAUUUAGAGGAACGUGUUGAGGAGAGAACUUCAGAGCUUACUGUUGCCAAAGCAGAAAUGGAGACUAUGAUGAAUGAUAUCAUCCCAAAUCAUUUAGUGAAGAGGAUCACUAACGGACAGUCUGUUGAGACAAAAGUGUGUUCUUCUCUGGGAAUAAUCAUGGCGGAUGUUAUGAACAUUAAAUAUAUCACUGAGAUUGCAACUGCUAAAGAUAUUGUUCAGUACUUGAAUGACAUACAUACUGAAAUUGAAACAGCUUUACAAAACAAGGACACGUACCGUACGAAUCUACAGGGCGAUUCUUUUGCUGUUGCUGUUGGAUUACAGGAUGAUAAACCUACAGUUGACAAGUGUGUUGAGACAGUAGCUAAUAUUGCUCUAGACAUCAUCUCACAAGCCAGUAAAGCAGCCUGCCCUUCUUCCAUAUCCAAACCAUUUGAGUUACGUCUUGGGGCACAUAUUGGCAGCGUUGCUACUGGUAUUGUUGGUCAUACUGCGCCCAAGUUUGUCAUCAUGGGUGACCCCAUUGACGUCACGAAGAGUCUUCUUUCUCAGUCGACUUCCUCCAAAGUUCGAAUCUCAACCAUCAUGUACAAACAUAUCUGUAAGAAAACAUACUUCUUUGUGGAACCAGCGGAGCAAAUUGAACACAGGGGCAUGAAGAUGGACUCCUAUUGGUUGAAGGGAAGAGACUGCCUCGUUGUGGACAUUCCAUCGGACAUAUCAGUGGAUUCUGGUGUAGAUACCGAGAAAUCUCGGAGUGAGUCACGUGCCUCGAAAUCCUCAGACAAAUCACGUGGUUCUAUUAAGUCAAAUAAUGGUUCGGCAAGUGGUAUUGAAGACAAGGAUGCCAAUUCGGACAUCAUGCCUUCUGAAAGUAUUUCAUCUUGGGGUUUGAACCCGCUGGUGACUGUGAAGCCACCUAAAGGUAAACCUCCCAAAAACAAAGUACACCCUGUGGAACAGGUAUAGUGCCUGUCGUUUGAAGGAGGAUGCUACCUCAGUUUGUCCAAAGGAUUUGGAGUUGACAUCUCUAUGGCAACAAAGAAAGCAUUUCGAGGAACAGGACGAGGAAGAGACAGCAAAGGGUUGUGUUCAGAUAAUACUUUUUUGUUAUUUUAAAUCCGUCAUCCCAUUUUUACUCUAUCACAUGAUCCUAUUGCUGUAUCUCCUGAUCUGACUUCAUCCAUUCUGAUGUAUCCUGGCCAUACUUUCCAUGUCAGAUUUCAUCAGGAUAAAUUUAUCUUGGACAGACAUCCAGAUCGUGGCAAGACUUCAUCCAGAUCGAUAUACCAUGGUUUAAUCCCGGUUUAUAUGUGUACCAGAUAUAGGACACCGAUUGCUCACUAGAAUGUCUUCGUUAAUCAUAUUUAGCUGUUAUUUCUUAUAUUAUUACAUUCAACUCCCUUGUUCCUAUAUGUCUUCACAACUUUUCAGUAUAUCAAUAUCAUGCCAAGAUAUUUUUCAAUUAUUAAUCUUCUUAUAAUCCAGACAUGCUUGCUUGUGGCCAUUUUCGUCUGUUUAUAAAUUUAGCUUUACAUAUACUAACCGAAGGAAAUGAAUAACUAUUCGAUUCCCUCGUAUUGCUUGAGGUAUCUUGUCAUGACAUGAAAGGUUGAUUACAUGUAUAUGAAAGAACCGAGUGGUUGUGCAAGACCGAUUAACUAUGGUAAUAUGAAAGAACUGAGUGAUCCUUUACUUCUUUUGAGCAGUAUGUAAACGUCCGCUGAUGACGUAUUGUUGAGUUUCUUCAAAAGAUUUAAGUGGUAAUCUCGCGUCUUUCAUAGUCAUGAUUGUCAGCAAGUACGUUGUUUUAUUUAAAAUUUGGUUUCAACAAUAUUCCACGGCGGGGAACACCAAACUUGGUCUUCACAUAGUGUGGGGAAUCGAACCCAGGCGUUCAGUGCGACAAGUGACCGCUUUAACCACAAGGGUAUCCCACCGGCCCAUGAAAGUCUUGGUCACGUGUUUGGUUUGUUAAACAUUACAAUAAACAGUUGCUGAAAUGCAUGUCUUAAACCUUCGUAUUAAUAACACGGUAUUGGUUCGAUCAGCGUCAUCGUUUUUGUUCGAUUGCGAAGUGGACAUUCAGACUUGUAUCUUUAUUGAAAUGAGGACUUGUUUUGGCAGAACGUUAAGAGAUUUAUGUGUGUCCUGUGUCAUUCAAUAUGUCUCAGAAUAUGACAUUUCACUUUACAAACAGAGGUCGUGUCAAAUUUUGUUUUGUUUGUUGAUAAACGCCGUACCCAGCAAUAUUCUAGCUAUUUGGUGCGAAUGAUAAAUAAAUAUUGUUUGUAUAAUAAUACUCCGAAGCACAAUCAAGUGACUGACUUCACAAAAAUCUAUCAACGUAAUUUGGAUACACUGACAUGUAUCUAAGACCACCGAUAUUGUUAAGAUAAGCAUAGGUGGUAGUAGAUGACUUCUUAGCAGGAUCUUCAAGCAUGGCUUGUUGAAGACCAAUUCUAAGCAGGAUCUUAGCAUGGGUUCUUGAAGACCGAUUCUGUGCAGGAUUAUCAAGCAUGGGUUUGUGAAGACCAAUUCUAACCAGGAUCGUCCAUCAUGGGUUGUUGAAGACCGAUUCUAACCAGGACUGUGAAAGCUUUGGUCGUUUCAAGAACGAGACGAGACAACACCAGUAAUCCAUUUAUUUACAUGUAUUGAGGAAGCCAGGGCAAUGCCGUGAAGCUUUAUAAGUAUAUGUUAAGCAAUAUAUGAAAAAGCUGUUUGAUAGCAUUGAUGACAAUGCCGUGAAGCUUCAUUAAUAUAUGUUAAAGAAUAUAUGAAAAAACGGUUUGAUAGCAUUCAUAACAUUGAUGACAUUGAUUUUCAUAUUGCUCGGCUAAUCUCCUCCUAAAGGUGGUGCUUUCAAAUAUUUUACAUAGCGUACUGGGAGUAAAGACAAAAAGCGACAAUUAUUUGAAUAGAUCACUGAAAGUCGGUGAAAACUCCUGGUUUCAUUCAAAAUAUUCAUGUGCUAAAGGCUCAGCUUGACGUGCGAUUCGUGCCUCGUUUAUUCGACUUGGUUCCUUCUUGUGUAAGCAGCUAAUUAGAAGGACAUAGUCAAUCGUUGCGCCACAUUCGCGAUAGCUUCUUGCAUGUUCCGGAAAGAAAGGGGCGGUGAUGGACGCCAUUUUGAAUCGUCACCACUCGCCCCUUUCCGUACCCGUUCGGCUUUUCACGAACAGACACGAGUGGUAGAAACUCAAUAGUAGACUGCACAUAUAGCACUGCCAGUAAACUACCAUCUACGAGCCCAAGUCUUUCAUUUAUCUUAGAGUUGUAGUUGUUUAAAUAUGCUGCCUUCGACCUGCUUUUAGGCCUGUGUUUUCAAGAUGAAAUUGUUUGUGAGAGAAUAUUGUUGUUUUUCCGCUAAAGCUAUGCGCAACAUUUUUGUAUGACUGAAAUUUAGAAAAAUGUUCUAAUUCGCAUAUUAUGCAUACUAAUGACCCGUGCCUAUUUUCUUGAAAUU